GGCGCCGCCUUAGUGCUCCGGGUCGAGCCCCGGGAGGGUUAGCCUGGGGACGGCAGGGGCGUGACCGGGGCGCGGAAGUAGGUGAGCAGCAGGGCGGCGCACGGCGGUCAGGCCGGGACAGCAAGAGGGGCAGCGACAUCUGCGGGCGGGCGGGAGGCGGACGCUUCCCGGGCGGAGCAGGGCCGUCCGGAGGACGCAGGCCGCGUCGAGGCUGAAGGGCCUCCCUGUCCGGGACGGUCAGCUGCCAAGUUCGGGCCCUAAGCGCGUGGCCCUGGGCCGCUGCUCGGAGCGGAAGCGUCGCCCCUGGCUGCGCGCUCAUGCUGGUCUAGAGCAGAAGACCCGGCGAGGUCCGCGAAUUUUGGCUUAGGGUUUGUCAAGUCACCUCGAGCGACUCGGAGAGAACCUGGCUUUCCCACUAGGGACGGUGAUCGCAGUCUCUUUCCUUUAGAAAGUUACUCCGACACUUUUGAUCAUCCGUCCAUAGUAAGGAGGAAAAAUAGGUGGUUUGUCCCCGGGUGAGGGAGUGUUGGAGGAUCCCGUCCAGUGGGAAGAGCCAGUUUUAGCGGAGCAGCGCGUCCAGCCCGCUGACGCUUCAGCCUGGUAAAGGGUUAACUGCAUCCUGCUGGUUCGGUUUACAUGUAAAUAGAGAGCAGCUGCUCCGCGCGGCCCCGGCUGGCUCUUUUAAGUUUUUGAUUGGUUGCCAAUGACAUCACCGCCCGUGUUAUAACACCGAGGACCCAGAGCAGCGUCGGACAAACCCUCCUUAAAGAGAUGAGGCCACGCCCUCUUACCCGCCCCCUAGGCUGCCCAUUGGUCGCGGGGCUCUGUGAGGUAGCGGUCGGCUUUCUCCGGAUUCUUAUUGGUCCAACCCGCCGUCGGUCGGCGGCGAGUCCGCCCCCUCAGAACCUUACAUUUACAGUGUAGCAAAAGAGAAAGUAACUAUGUUGCUGCUGGAGAUCAAUGAAGCUAAGUGAAUGGGGGCUGAAUGUGCGAGUCCAUAGCUGAAGCGGAGCGCCAGAUGGUGGAGGAAUACACUUAUUUAUGAAACUGUCUUGAGUUCUUCUUGAAUUGCCAGUUUUCAGCCUCCUCAUGCCUCCGUCUCCUUUAGACGACAGGGUAGUAGUGGCACUAUCUAGGCCCGUCCGACCUCAGGAUCUCAACCUUUGUUUAGACUCUGGCUACCUUGGCUCUGCCGCCCCAGGCAGUAACAGCCACCCUCCUGUCAUCGCCACCACCGUUGUGUCCCUCAAGGCUGCGAAUCUGACGUAUAUGCCCUCAUCCAGCGGCUCUGCCCGCUCCCUGAAUUGUGGAUGCAGCAGUGCCAGCUGCUGCACUGUGGCAACCUACGACAAGGACAAUCAGGCCCAAACCCAAGCCAUUGCCGCUGGCACCACCACCACCACUGCCAUCGGAACCUCUACCACCUGCCCUGCUAACCAGAUGGUCAACAAUAAUGAGAAUACAGGCUCUUUAAGUCCAUCAAGUGGAGUGGGCAGCCCUGUGUCAGGGACCCCCAAGCAGCUGGCCAGCAUCAAAAUAAUCUACCCCAAUGACUUGGCAAAGAAGAUGACCAAAUGCAGCAAGAGUCACCUGCCGAGUCAGGGCCCUGUCAUCAUUGACUGCAGGCCCUUCAUGGAGUACAACAAGAGUCACAUCCAAGGAGCUGUCCACAUUAACUGUGCCGAUAAGAUCAGCCGGCGGAGACUGCAGCAGGGCAAGAUCACUGUCCUAGACUUGAUUUCCUGUAGGGAAGGCAAGGACUCUUUCAAGAGGAUCUUUUCCAAAGAAAUUAUAGUUUAUGAUGAGAAUACCAAUGAGCCAAGCCGAGUGAUGCCCUCCCAGCCACUUCACAUAGUCCUCGAGUCCCUGAAGAGAGAAGGCAAAGAACCUCUGGUGUUGAAAGGUGGACUUAGUAGUUUUAAGCAGAACCAUGAAAACCUCUGUGACAACUCCCUCCAGCUCCAAGAGUGCCGGGAGGUGGGGGGCGGCGCAUCCGCGGCCUCGAGCUUGCUACCUCAGCCCAUCCCCACCACCCCUGACAUCGAGAACGCUGAGCUCACCCCCAUCUUGCCCUUCCUGUUCCUUGGCAAUGAGCAGGAUGCCCAGGACCUGGACACCAUGCAGCGGCUGAACAUCGGCUACGUCAUCAACGUCACCACUCAUCUUCCCCUCUACCACUAUGAGAAAGGCCUGUUCAACUACAAGCGGCUGCCAGCCACUGACAGCAACAAGCAGAACCUGCGGCAGUACUUUGAAGAGGCUUUUGAGUUCAUUGAGGAAGCUCACCAGUGUGGGAAGGGGCUUCUCAUCCACUGCCAGGCUGGGGUGUCCCGCUCUGCCACCGUUGUCAUUGCUUACUUGAUGAAGCACACUCGGAUGACCAUGACUGACGCUUACAAAUUUGUCAAAGGCAAACGACCAAUUAUCUCCCCAAACCUUAACUUCAUGGGGCAGUUGCUAGAGUUCGAGGAAGACCUAAACAACGGUGUGACACCGAGAAUCCUUACACCAAAGCUGAUGGGCGUGGAGACGGUUGUGUGACAAUGGUCUGGAUGGAAAGGAUUGCUGCUCUCCAUUAGGAGACAAUGAGGAAGGAGGAUGGAUUCUGUUUUUUUUUUUUUCUUUUUUCCUUUUUUUUUUUAGUUGGGAGUAAAGUUUGUGAAUGGAAACAAACUUGUUUAAACACUUUAUUUUUAACAAGUGUAAGAAGACUAUAACUUUUGAUGCCAUUGAGAUUCACCUCCCACAAACUGACAAAUUAAGGAGGUUAAAGAAGUAAUUUUUUUAAGCCAACAAUAAAAAUAUAAUACAACUUGUUUCUCCCCCUUUUCCUUUUAAGCUAUUUGUAGAGUUUAUGACUAAAUAGUCUGUGCAGGUUCAUAGACCGAAGAUACUACACACUUUAAACCAAUUAAAAAGAACCAAAAGUAAAUAAUAGAAAAGACAUUGAAUCACCAAGGCCUGGGAUCAACCUGGGCUGUCCACACAGAAAACAAAAACCCAACCAAACCAAGCCCUGUUGUGCUCACUGGUGCAAAGAGAAGAUCAGGGCAGCUUAAGUGGUCUAAGAAUCCUUCAGGCAUUCUUUAAAGAGACGAAGGAUACCUUUGAUUUUGUGUGUUUCAUGCUCUGGAUUUUUUUUUUUUUCCUUCUCUGGGUUUAAGAGAUUUUUUUUUGAAAUAGUGAGGAACUGACCAUUAUAUGCCUUCACUGGCUUCUUGUGCAAUAAUAUGAUGUUUUAAGUGUGCAAACAAGUUAGAGCUGGCAGCUGAAUGAUAGACAAAUAGUGCAAAUUUGCCAGCUUGGAGAUAGAAAGGAAUUCAACAAUAUAUCAAUUACUUUCCUUCCCACCUUUUUCCUUUUUUUUCUGAUUUGAUUCUGGUUACAGUGCCAUAAACCUUGUUACAUAUGUAUAUCAGAAUGUAAGAAAAAAAAUUUAUUUAAAAAUAUUUUUCGCAAAAAAAACACAAAACCUUGGUGUGUUUCUGUUGAUUGUGUAAAAAUUUAUUUUCAUUAUAUAAAUGAAACUGG